AUGGCGUCUCGCAAAUGCGCAGCGGUGGUUGUGGGCGCUGGCCCGGCCGGCGUCGCAGUCAUGGGAAACUUGCUUGAGCGCCAAAUUGGCACGAUAGCCUGGAUCGAUCCCAGCUUCGAGUCUGGGCGAGUCCACCGGAAAUACCGCGAAGUUCCGAGCCCUCUUCCAGGCCUACGCCACAGCUACUCAGCCCUUCAAGACCGUCAUCGAGAACUCAUGUCGUCCCAAUGCAUCUCUACCCUGGCCAAACUGGACCAGGAAAAGACCUGCCACCUCCACUACGCCGCAGACAUGAUCCGCGACCUUACAGAUGGCCUCAUCAAGAUGGAUCCCGUUCACGCCUACCGCGGCUUCGUCACCGCCGCCAACCUCGUCGAGAAGACCUCAAACAACAAAUGGACCGUCCGCAUAAAACGUCACGACUCAGAAGAUGAGCUCGAAAUCGAGACUUCCCGCCUCAUCCUCUGCACAGGCUCUCACCCAACCAAGAUCCCCGUCCCAAUUCCAGGCCUGGAAAUCUCCCGCCUAGACCUCGACACAGUCCUCAAACCCUCCGAACUAGCAGAAGUCCUACCCAAAUCUCGCCCGUCAACAGUCGCCGUCAUCGGCGCCUCCCACUCCGCCAUUCUCGCAAUCUUAAACCUAGUCACCCUCGCCCGCGAGUCUCAUCCCCACCUCCGCAUCAAAUGGUUCACUCGCCACCCACUCCGCUACGCGGAAUACAUGGACGGAUGGAUCCUGCGCGAUAACACAGGCUUGAAGGGUCUAGCAGCCGACUUUGCGCGCGCCCAGCUUGAAGACGGGGUCUUGGAUACUUCGCCUGCUGGACAGGUUCUGGAGAAGAUUGACUGUGGCGACGGCAAGGAGGCCGAGAUGUAUAGCAAGUAUUUGCCGCAGUGUUCGCACAUUGUGCAUGCGGUCGGAUUCACGAGGGAUCCGUUACCGCAGCUUGUGAAGGCUGGCAGGCCGUUUGCUAUGGAGUUUGAUCAUGAGUCUGGACAGUUUCAUGAACGGGCUGGUGGGGAAGCGAUUCCUGGGUUGUUUGGUGCUGGGAUUGCGUUCCCGGAGCGGGUUGUUGAUCCAUAUGGCAAUGUGGAAUAUGCAGUGGGAUUCUUCAAGUUUAUGAAGUUCUUGAAGCGCGUUACACCGAAUUGGGGUCCGGCAUAG